AUGAAUUCCAACACCAGGCCAUACACAACGGACAGUCUCACUACGAUCGAUCCCACAUACGAAGAUGCUGGCAACUGGGAGAAUUCGGAGGCGUCCAAGGACAAGCUCGACCACUGCCUCCCAUUCCGACCGACCGCCACGUCGCCUUUCCUGUUGGACGCCCACUAUUUUUGCCGUAAAGGGAAAAGACGCUCCAUACGCCAAGUGGGCAGAAUUCCGCCCCCGAUAUUGGGUGCCUCGACUGAGCCUUCUCUCGAGUCGGAGCAUAAGUGGCAUCCUGUGUGCCAGCAAAGCCUCAAGUUUGCAAUGAGCCUCCAGACCGUCGCCUCGAAGUGGGAGACCGUGGUACCGGCAGACGAGAUCGAUUCUCUGGCGUCCGCCCGCGAUGCAAUCAAGUCGUAUUACAAUGUUGAUCAGGACAAUUUCAACGAUUUCACUAAGGAGCUUCUCCCGCGGGAGGAGUGGCAGAAGGAGAGCUUUGGCAUCGUAGAGCAGGCUUUCAGACAGAAUCAGCAGACAUCACCCAAGCUUCUGUACGCUUUGUAUCAGGCCGCCAAGAUGCAUCGAGGCAUUAUUAGCGAGCACCUGACAAAGGACGCGAAUGAUUCUGCGGCUGGUAUCUCGGCAUCUAGCUGGAAGUUUGGACAACUUGUGGAUCUCUGCUGCGUCCCACUGUUCGAUGUUGGAUUGGAGGCCAUCCUCCCCAGUGACCCUAAGACCUUGGUCAAGGAUGUUUGCGAUAAGAUCGACAGUUGUUACAUUGUCAAGCGAAUCCUGAAAGAAAUCACCAUGGCUACCGAUCCGGAGCUCACCAAGUUCUCCACAACACAUAUGUCCUGGUUCCUGCUAAAUCCCUGGUGUCUCUUCUUCACCUCACUGCGGGAUCUGCUGACGCGCAGCAAAGCCGAAGUUGACAGUCCGAAGAAGAACAUAUCACGAGAGUGGGAGACCCUGGAUAUGGACGAGAACAAACUCGAGGCAUCGUCCGAGCAGCUGCUCCAUCGCUUCAUGGAGGUUGUGCUCCUCCUGUUCUCCAUCCUCUGCGGCGGUCGAGACGAGUAUCGCAGCACACCCGGCCGUGCAGAUGGUCAGAUCAUCGUUGGCACCAAACAGUGCAAUAUUCUGGACGACGGCUACGUCUACGUAACUCGUGGUGGCACCUCUGGACACCCAGAAUUGAGCCCGGGCUCGAAACUGGGUCCGAACGAUCGUCGCCCUGCUACUACACGCCCGGCACAGGGGGUGAUGACGCAUACGCCAGCUGAUCGGAACCGUUACGGCGGGGUGCCCAUCAUUCGAUAUGAGGCAAAACGCCUAGCAAAGUCCUCGAAUGUACAUGCCCAAAUCUUCUCGGAGCUGUUAUCAGCUGCCGUCAUGAACAUGGAUUACCUCAAUGAUACAGACCCCGAAGCGUCUAUUCUACCCCCGGAGCUCACAGGGCAAGGGCUGGAUAGUAAUCAGAAACCUUCUGCGCCGUACCAUGAUGCCUUUGUUAUUCAUGUGCAUCAUUACCAUUUGACGAUACAUACUGCUCGCUUUCCGGCAGAUUAUCUCCGGUGGAUCACGAACUUGGGAAACAAGAACUCCCCUAAAAUGCACUACUGCAUCCUGUACAAAGUGACUGCCUCAUACAAUCUUGCUGAUCCCACGAAACGACUUGAGGCCGCCCGGGACAUACUGAUUCUACUAUGGGCGAUCAGGAACGGCGGGCCGACAAAAGAUGGGUCGAGAUUGUUUGUGGCUCGCGCUGUCAUGAGGCAGUCAGUCGGCGGCGAGAAGAGGACCGGUCAGAAGAAGAGCAUGCAAGUCGAGAAUCAAGCGACGAGUCAGCACAAUACCAGCGGCAAGCAGCCGACAAUGACGAUUCCGAAGAACACAACGUUUCUCAGCGGCAAGCAACCAACAAUGACACCUGCAGACGAGAAGCCAGACAGGCUGGUUAAGACUCCUUCAGCAAUGGAGGAAGAACUAUCUCAUAAGGAUGUUGACAGCGGUAAGAUGGCUGAGCAUGUUCAUUCCAGUGUCUAUGACCGAGAAAAUAUAGAUGAAGACGACAUCUACGCCCAUCCAAUUAAGAAGAAUGGGAAGACCAGACUCGCAGAGGAACAGGUCUCAUCUUUCAACGAGACCAACGAGAGUGAGAGCGCUCUUAAGGGAAUGCAGGAAGAGAGGAAGGAUAAGAGUCAGAGGUCUCGACCCAUUCAGAGCAAGGGGCGUCUUGGAAGGAGGGAUGACAAAGAUCGCCAGAGUCCUAGCCAGCUCUUGGAACCCAGCGAUGGCUACCAUCCUGUGGACAAAGCCAAAAGCCGUGUGAUGGAUGAGGGCACUCAAAACAAACAGGGGGCCAAAAAGGUGAUCAGAAUAGGGAACCAAAGCUCUGCUCAGCAAGAGAUGCCCAUAUAUGCAGGUUCCAAGCCAAAGACCAGGGCAAAGAAGAGAACCUGUAUCGAGAUGUCACUCGAAGCUAAUAAUCGCGAAAAAGUCGAUCGCAUCCUCGAACGAGACCCUAAUGUCACAAUAUUUCUCCGACCCAUCGCCGCACCUGCAGCAUUGGGACUUGCAGGCUUUGCAGGUUCAACCUGGAUUACUGCCACUUAUAUUGCCAGCUGGUGGGGCAGCGAAAGCUCACCUACCCUAUUCUUUCCCUUUGUGGCAUUCUGGGGAGGGCUUGGCCAAUUCAUCGCUGGCUUUUUCGGUUUUGCAGCCAGAGAUACACUGGUGACAGUAAUCCAUGUGCUUUGGGGAAGUUUCUGGAUGAGUACCGGUCUCAUUUAUCUCCUUGUGGCCAUCGGAACUUUGCCUCCGCACCCUAUUGAUCAACACUAUCCAGAACUUGCUUCCUGGAUGAUUGUCCUAGCAUUUUUUACAUGGUCUGGUGCUAUUGCAUCUUCUGCAAGGGACCUCAUCCUUUGCGCGGUUUUGAGCACACUCGCCAUUGGAACCACCAUCGCAUGCUGUCUCUUCGCCUACGGAGGUGGCGUUGGCACUGGUAUGAAGGUCGCUGCCUACUUCUGGAUUAUCAGUUCAAUCCUGGCUUGGUGGAGAGUCACUGUGUACUUAAUGGAGGAGGCGUUCGGCAAAGGGCCAGUGCUGAAGUACUUCCCCAUCUUCCGCACGCCACUGGAAAAGAGCAGGCCGCUAUUAGUUCCUGGCAUAGGAGAACCUGGUGUCAAGCGAGGAAUGCCGGGAUUGACCUGA